GGACUUGUCUUUAUUUGGCACUCCCGGAAGCUGCUGGGCAUUGCUCUCCCUGCCUGCCCGGGCAGCUGAUGUGACUGACUGACACCGGCUCCCGCUGAGGAGGAGGAGGAGAAGGAGGAGGAAGAGGAGGAGGAGGAGGAGGAAGGAGAGCAGCGGCGAGGCGAGGGAGGGGGGGAGCGAGUGACCGGCAGCGGAUUUUCAUUGCAGAGAGGAGGGAAGAAAAAAAAAAAGGCUACGCGGGUUAUCAAAACAGAAUGGCAGAGACUCAUGGCUUGAUGGAAAGAUUGGAGAAAGCAGUGACUCGACUUGAAUCAUUAUUUUCAGAUUCACACAGAUCUGGUGGAAUGGAGUGUGAUGGCAUCAAUGGAGUCAAUGGAAGCAUUGCACCAUAUGUUGAAGCCUUUGAUAGGCUGCUGAAUGGAAGUGUUGCUGAGUUUCUCAGGUACAGCAAGAUUCUUGAAGGUGACGUGAAGACACAUGCAGAGAUGGUACGUGCUGCUUUCCAAGCGCAGAGAUCUUUCUUGGUGUUAGCAUCUCAAUGUCAAGAGCCUCAAGAGAAUGAGGUGGCAAUGCUUCUCAAGCCAAUAUCAGAGAAGAUUCAGGAAAUCCAGAACUUCAGAGAAAGAAACAGAGGAAGUAAAAUGUUCAACCACCUCUCAGCUGUCAGUGAGAGCAUCCCUGCCCUUGGGUGGAUAGCAGUGUCUCCUAAACCAGGCCCUUAUGUCAAGGAGAUGAAUGAUGCUGCUACCUUUUAUACUAACAGGGUUUUAAAGGACUACAAGAACAGUGACACACGCCAUGUUGAUUGGGUGAAAUCAUAUCUGAACAUCUGGUCUGAACUUCAAGCUUAUAUCAAAGAGCAUCACACCACAGGCCUCACUUGGAGUAAAACUGGUCCAGUUGCAUCCUCCAUGUCCAUGCGAUCUGUUCUAACCAGCGGCUCCUGCCUUUCCCCGCCACCUCCGCCACCGCCGCCCCCGGGACCGCCUCCCAUCUUCGACACGGAAACCGCAAAGGACGAAGGAACCGCAGCUCGCUCAGCCCUCUUUGCACAGCUUAACCAGGGAGAAGCCAUCACCAAAGGGCUACGACAUGUCUCUGAUGACCAGAAGACUCACAAGAACCCCAGCCUACGGGCCCAAGGUCCACCUGUUCGUUCUCCCACAAAAAGCCAUACUCCUAGUCCUACCUCUCCCAAGAAUUCCCCACAGCAGAACCAUGCCCCUGUCUUGGAGCUAGAGGGAAAGAAGUGGAGAGUGGAAUAUCAAGAGGAUAGGAAUGACCUUGUCAUUAACAACACUGAACUCAAGCAAGUGGCCUACAUUUUUAAGUGUAACAAAUCUACACUUCAGAUAAAAGGAAAAAUCAACUCAAUUACUAUUGACAACUGUAAAAAGUUUGGCCUUGUGUUUGACAAUGUUGUGGGAAUCGUGGAAGUGAUCAACUCCAGGGAUAUUCAGAUUCAGGUGAUGGGGAAAGUGCCAACCAUUUCUAUUAAUAAAACAGAAGGCUGCCACAUCUACCUCAGUGAGGAAUCAUUGGAUUGUGAGAUUGUGAGUGCCAAGUCAUCUGAGAUGAACAUUCUCAUCCCCCAAGAUGGUGAUUAUAAAGAAUUUCCGGUUCCUGAACAGUUCAAGACAGCGUGGGAUGGAUCUAAGUUGGUCACUGAACCUGCAGAGAUUGUGGGUUGACUUCCUCAUGCCAUAGAGCACUUGCUGACCACGGCCAGACUGCGGCCAGCGCACACAAAGCAGUAAUGUAAAGAACUAGGAGUAGCAGGAGUUCAUGCUGCUGUCAUAGGCCUUCAAGCAUUAGCUCUGCAUGCUAGGAACAAAAACACAUCUGGCACCCUUUUGUUAGGCAUCCCAGUCCUGGUCACGUCUCCACACAGUUUGCCUUCACAUACAAUUUUAAUUCUGAAUGAGAAUGUAAUAGGUUAAACCCCCCACCCUCCAGUCACAUCAUUGGUUUGAAAUACUGUAUACAGUAAGCCAACAUACUGCACGAUACACUUUUUUUAUCAUCUUGCUUCAGUGCAUUCCUUUUUGUGUUUCUGCUAAUCAAAAACUGUAUUAAGACUUUAAGGUGUUUAUUUUUACCUAUUAAGCAAUUCCUGUAUGAUGCAGUAAAAAUGUACCCAUAGAAAGUAUGCAGUUUCUUGCAGUUUUGUGGCAAUCAUAAUGUGUUUCAUUUCAAACAAGCAAAAAAGGACAAUUUUCAGCACAGCAAUACAUUUUGCUAACUGAAAAUUAAAAAAAAAAAAAUCUGGUAAUUUAAUCUAAAAUGUUCCUAAUAUGCAUAUUUAGAAGAUCCCACAAUUUUCUGUGAAAUAAGAUUUUAUUAUGGUUCACAGACUUGCUGUUGCCCUCUUAUUCCUUGCAAAUUAGUAAUUCUUUCUAAGCUAGGGCCUCAUCAAUGCUAAAACCUUGCAAGAAAUUACUUGAAGGUUUUUUGCUCCUUGGAUUUCUUUUUUCUCCUUUUUUUUUUUUUUUUUUUUUUUUGGUGACACAAUCUCUCAAUUUUUAAAAUUUCACAUUUUGUCUUGCAUCUUAUACAGAAAACAAAGGAAGACAGACACAUCUGAUACCAGCUAGUUUUCCUUACUAAUAAAGUUCCUUUAAAAUAUUUGUAUAGUAGCUCAUCAUGUUCAUUAAAAGUAUCAUCCUGGGGUUUUUUCCCCCACAUUUGUAGGACAUACUCAGUUUCAAACACGUCCACAAAGCAAAGCCAUAUAUUUAUGCCAUACUAAUUCUAAGCCCAGAUAAAGGGGUAAUUUCCUGUUUAGCCCUUUGACUUUACAGUCCCUAUGUUUUGGUUUUUUUUAGCAAAGGUGGAGUAUUGUAUACGUUUGUACUAUUUCCACAUAGUACGAAUGAAACUUAAACGAUUUUAAAAGUCAGCUUAUGUUUUUGAUCACUUGUAAUACUUUGUAUAAGUGAAAUCACAGUGAGAUGCUUGCAGAGCUAGUUCCAAGCUAAA